AUGGUUUCUUUAAGCUAUCGUAACGGUUACAUUUGUAUUUGGAACGAUCAUUUUAGAACAGUUUAUGGGAUCUAUGGCAACGGUUUACAUUGCCUACUGGAACGCCAUUUCUGUCCUAUUGCAACGGUUCUGGCAUCAGCAUCAAAGGUGCUACAAGAAACUUGCAACUAUAUAAGAAAUUUGAAUAGAGAAGUGGAUGAUCUUAGUGGUCGUCUUUCUCAAUUACUCUCAACCAUUGAUGCUGAUAGUCCAAAAGCUGCAAUCAUUCGAAGUUUAUUAAUGUAA